AUGCCUUGGUCAAAGUUCACAAAGGUAGCUCUAGGUCUAGGAGCUGCCAUAGCGGCUGUGAGAUCAACAAUGUUCACCGUUGAUGGUGGCCAGAGAGCUGUUAUGUUCCACCGAUUCGAAGGGAUUCUAGAAGAACCAGUAGGAGAAGGGACACAUCGUAAGAUUCCGUGGGUGCAAAAGCCGUAUAUCUUCGACAUUCGGACCAAACCCUACAAAAUCAAUACCGACUCUGGAACUAAGGAUCUUCAGAUGGUCAACCUCACACUUCGUGUUAUGUUUCGCCCUGAUGUGGUUAAAGCGGUGGUGGCUCAGUUCAACGCUGACGAGCUCUUAACAGAACGUCCACAGGUCUCAGCUCUUAUACGCGAAACGUUGAUCAAGCGAGCUAAGGAGUUCAACAUUGUUCUCGAUGACGUGUCGAUCACUGGUCUCUCAUACGGUAAAGAGUUCUCACUUGCGGUGGAGCGGAAGCAGGUGGCACAGCAAGAAGCUGAGCGGUCCAAGUUCGUAGUGGCAAAGGCUGAUCAGGAGAGACGAGCGGCUGUGAUUAGAGCAGAAGGAGAGAGCGAGGCGGCUCGGGUUAUAUCGAAAGCGACUGCAGGGGCUGGGAUGGGGUUGAUCAAGCUCAGAAGGGUCGAGGCGGCUAGAGAGGUUGCGAUUACGCUCUCUAAUUCUCCCAAUGUCGUCUAUUUGCCAAGUGGUGGGAAUAUGUUGUUUGCAAUGAACGGUCCAAGCAAAGUUGUUGCUUGA